AUGCUGGCCAGGGGGCUUCCCCUCCGCUCAGUCCUGGUCAAAGGCUGCCCACCCAUCCUGAGCACAGGGAGGGAGGGCUGGGGGCAGCACAGGGUGGGCACUGGAGAGGGAGCUGGCAUCUCCACUAAGACCCCUCGCCCCUACAGUGAGAUCCCCUCCCCGGGUGACAAUGGCUGGCUUAACCUGUACCAUUUCUGGAGGGAGAAGGGCUCACAGAGAAUCCACUUUCGCCACAUCGAGAACUUCCAGAAGUAUGGCCCCAUUUACAGGGAGAAGCUCGGCAAUUUGGAUUCAGUUUAUAUCAUUCACCCUGAAGACGUGGCCCGUCUCUUUAAGUUCGAGGGAUCCUACCCGGAGAGAUAUGACAUCCCGCCCUGGCUGGCCUAUCACCACUAUUAUCAGAAACCCGUCGGAGUCCUGUUUAAGAAGUCAGAAACCUGGAAGAAAGACCGGGUGGUCCUGAACACGGAGGUGAUGGCUCCAGAGGCAAUAAAGAACUUCAUCCCCCUGCUGAAUCCAGUGUCUCAGGACUUCAUCAGCCUCCUGCACAAGCGCAUCAAGCAGCAGGGCUCCGGAAAGUUUGUAGGGGACAUCAUGGAAGACCUGUUUCACUUUGCCUUUGAGUCCAUCACCAAUGUCAUGUUUGGGGAGCGCCUGGGGAUGCUGGAGGAGACAGUGAACGCUGAGGCCCAGAAGUUCAUUGAUGCCGUCUACCAGAUGUUCCACACCAGUGUCCCUCUGCUCCACCUCCCUCCAGAACUGUACCGUCUGUUCAGAACCAAGACUUGGAGGGACCAUGUAGCUGCAUGGGACACAAUUUUCCAUAGAGCUGAAAGAUACACUGAGAUCUUCUACCAGGACCUGAGACGGAAAACAGAGUUCAGGAAUUACCCAGGCAUCCUCUACCGCCUCCUGAUAAGUGAGAAGAUGCUCUUGGAGGAUGUCAAGGCCAAUAUUACGGAGAUGCUAGCAGGGGGCGUGGACACGACAUCCAUGACGUUACAAUGGCAUUUGUACGAGAUGGCACGCAGCCUGAAUGUGCAGGAGAUGCUGCGGGAGGAGGUUCUGAAUGCCCGACGCCAGGCAGAGGGAGACAUAAGCAAGAUGCUGCAAAUGGUCCCACUCCUCAAAGCUAGCAUCAAGGAGACGCUGAGACUCCACCCCAUCUCCGUGACCCUGCAGAGAUACCCUGAAAAUGACUUGGUUCUUCAAGAUUACCUGAUUCCUGCCAAGACACUGGUGCAAGUGGCCAUCUAUGCCAUGGGUCGAGACCCUGCCUUCUUCUCCAAUCCGGACAAGUUUGACCCAACCAGGUGGCUGGGUAAAGACAAGGACCUCAUCCACUUCCGGAACCUGGGCUUUGGCUGGGGAGUGCGGCAGUGCGUGGGCCGGCGGAUCGCUGAGCUGGAGAUGACCCUCUUCCUCAUCCACAUUCUGGAGAACUUCAAGGUUGAAAUGCAGCAUAUCGGUGAUGUGAACACCAUUUUCAACCUCAUCCUGACGCCGGACAAGCCCAUUUUCCUUGUCUUCCGGCCCUUCACCCAGGACCCGCCCCAGGCGUGA